AAGACACUCUUUUUCCCACUCGUGUAUCACACACUACCCUAUCUGGAUCUAGGCUGGGGAAGUUCUUGCUCUGUCCUAAGCUGCAAAUAUUCUUCUAGGGGUUCUUCUGAGAUUUCCCUACUGCUACUGCAAUGGCGGCAUUUCCUUGCAGUCAGACUGGGCUCCUAGCCUGGAUGUUGCUGCUGCUACUGCUGUCCUCAUCUGAAGUUCAAAGUGAGUGCCAAACUCCAGUUCUGCCUCCCAAUUCUUCACCAAGAGGUGGGGGAGACCUGGCACAAAGCUAUCCAAUUGGAACUGUUCUGCGAUUACAGUGCGAUCCAGGUUAUACCCCUAAAUCUGGAACAAUUCGUUCUAUGACAUGUCUUGAUACUAAUAAGUGGUCAGAACUUCCUACACUUUGUGAAAGAAGACGCUGUACCACCCCAUCUAUAGAUUUUGGUAACAUGGAAUCCACAGAUGGCCUCUUGCUUGGAGAUAAAGUAACCUUUUCUUGCAAUGAAGGGUAUAUACUGAUAGGUUCUCCCACCUUACGAUGUGUUUUGAGAUUUGGCAAAGUUGACUGGGAUAGAAGUCUUCCAUAUUGCAAAAGUAUUUUUUGUACUAGCCCUCCUUUAAUUGCCAAUGGAGAUUAUGAGGGUGGAUCUUCAGGUGAAUACCAUGUGUUCUCAGCAGUAACAUAUUGGUGUAAAGCUGGCUACUCCCUUAUUGGACAAUCAACUAUUGCAUGUAAAGUUGCAGAAAAUGGUAGAGAUGGAAUAUGGGAUUCAUCUCCACCCGAAUGCAAAAAGGUCAAGUGUCUUCGACCAAACAUCCCAAAUGGGAGAAUGCCAUAUGGGUCUCGUGAAACAUAUACAUAUCAGCAUAGCAUAUUCAUUGAAUGCAGUCCUGGCUUCACUUUGGUAGGGUCUUCAACUAUUUACUGUGAUGCUAAUAGUGAAUGGAAUCCUUCUGUUCCACAGUGUGUUAAGAAUUAAAAAAAUGCCCUGAAGAUGGCUGGAUAAGACUGGAAAAAAAACCUGGAUCUAAUUUUGCAUUUCCUGCAACUUAUCGGACACAGAAGAAAAAAUUGAUUGAUGAUGAUUUCUACAAAACGAUCUUUCUUGCAACAAAACAUUAUUCCAACAAAAUAUAUGCUUUCUCAUUCUCAAAUAUAUACUUAGAUAUGUCAUUGGGGGCAAUAAGGUUGCACAAAUGAUCACACUUUUUCAAAAAUUGCUAACAUAGAAAACAAAAUAA